AGUGAAAGAAAAGUGUGAGUUGUCUGCGGUGGUGUGAUAUUUUGCAGCCCACACAACACCACACCCCUUUUUCUUCUCUUUUGACCCCCACCUGCGUUUACCCCUCUCUCUCUCUCUCUCUCUCUCCGACGACGGCCGGAGUCAACCCAAUUCUCCCCCAAACUUCCCCUAAACCAAACCCUAAUCGAAACACACCUCAAUUGAUGAACAAAUUCACACUCUACUGGAUCAAAGAUCUCAAUGCGUCACCUAUCUCAAUUUCUCGUCCUCAAUUCCGAUGCACGCCGGAAAAAGAAGACGACCACGCCACGUAGGCCGAAGCUCGAGCGUAUGAACGCACGGAGAAACAUCGAUUACGAGUUCCCGACGUCAUCAUAUGAAGAUCCUUCUGUUGUUAGAGGUACUCAAUCACUUGACCUACCUACUAGCUUCCGGAUUGACGGAAGUGAUGACGGUCAGCUUGAUUUAGUUUAUCGUAGUCUAGGGUUACAAAGUGCUGAAGAUUUUGGGAUUGAUGUUUCAUCGUGGGAGGCUAGAAAGGUUCGCUCUAGUUCAGAUCCUCCUUCUUCUCGUUUUAAUAGUGAAAUUCUUCGUGGAAAAUCGACUGAAAUUGGUGAAAAUAUUGAAAAUCGAUGUGAUGGUGAGGAUGUUGUUAGGGUUAGUGAUGGUAAUAGAGUUGGCAACGGGAUUAAAGGUGUUCGGCCUCCGCUUCUUUCUCCGCCAUCCUGUUCUUCGAUUUCGAAACCGAGCGAGUGGGAUGUUAUAACUGGGCAUGUUAGUCAUGAUAGGGUUAGCUUGUCUGAUGAAGAAGAGGAAGGGGAAGGGGAAGGAGGAGGAGAACGUGAUGUGGAUGAUGUUACGGCGAGGCUUGAAAGAGCAUCGCUUUUGGCGUGUUGUUCGUUUACGACUUCUAAUGAUGAUGAUUCGUCUAGUACUACGACAGAGCCUCCGUCCAGUGUUUCACCGAAUGGUUAUGGGUUUAAUUUGUCCGCUAAUGGAAGGUUUAGGCACAUCAAGAUUAAUAGCUGGCAGAGGGGCCAGCUCUUGGGGCGUGGGUCCUUUGGAUCGGUAUAUGAAGGCAUUUGCGAUAGUGGAUAUUUUAUUGCCAUAAAGGAAGUCUCUUUGCUUGAUCAAGGGGAACUCGGAAGGCAAAGUGUUUUACAGCUUGAACAGGAAAUUGCUCUUUUAAGUCAGUUUGAACAUGAAAACAUAGUACGAUACUACGGGACUUAUAAGGACGAGUCAAAGCUGUAUAUAUUUCUUGAGCUUGUGACAAAAGGUUCUCUUUUAAGUCUCUAUCAAAGAUAUCAUCUUCAAGAUUGUCAAGUUUCCUCAUACACACGCCAGAUCUUACAUGGUCUUAAGUAUCUGCAUGAUCGCGGUAUUGUGCACAGGGAUGUAAAAUGUGCAAACAUAUUAGUCGAUACUAAUGGCUCGGUGAAACUUGCAGAUUUUGGGCUGGCAAAGGCUACUAAAUUCAAUGACGUGAAGUCUUGCAAGGGAACGGCAUUCUGGAUGGCUCCUGAGGUUGUUAAUCUUAAAAAUAAAGGGUAUGGACUUGCAGCAGACAUAUGGAGCCUUGGCUGCACCGUCUUGGAGAUGUUGACACGAAGGAUUCCCUACGCUCCAAUGGAAUGCAUGGCUGCGUUAUUUAGAAUCGGAAGUGGCCGUGCUCCCCCAGUUCCAGAUAACCUUUCAAGAGAAGCAAGGGAUUUCAUAUAUCAGUGCUUUCACGUUAAUCCGAAAGACCGCCCAACUGCUAGUCAACUCUUGGACCAUGCAUUUGUUAGAAGACCACUUCCGUUUUUUACAGACCAUGCGUCUGCACAGUCCUGGAAUCAGCAGAUGCGAUAGCUCAAUCGUACAUCAUGAGGUUAUGAUGUAACUGCAUAGUCCUUUGACUACUUCAGUUUUGGGUCCUGUUCAAGUUCUUAUGGGAACAUAUUCUUUUCUUUGUUUCUCCAUCGGGGAUGCAUCUGUCGAUGCUGAGAGGAGUCUUUCGUGUCCUCUGCCGUUAUGUGUUUGGUUUGUAAAUUAAUUCUUUUGGAUGAAUUGGUAAUUUGUUUAUUAGAUGUAGCUUAUAGUGUAAAAAGAAUGAGUCAAUGACAGACAGAGUGUGUUUAAUCAAGUGAUGAUUAGGAAGCACUAAUGAGCUCUUGUAUUAGAGAAACACAUGAUCAAGUAUAAUAGGAUAAGUUUGUUACUUGUA